AUGUCGGACUCAAAUGCAACUUCCCAGGAAUCUGCGCUAGCAGCAGCUCAAGUUCCCACUCAUACUUACCUACCAAGUCAUGGCUAUGCAACAUCAACGACUUCCCAGGACGCCCCGCCACAAACACCCACCGGUGGCUACGCAGCAGACAACGAGGACGAGACCUAUGAUGAUCUGUUCGAGGAGGAAGAUGAGGAGUUCUUCGACGAUGUAGACUAUGAUCCCAACUCGGGCAAUCUUACAAAAUCGUAUAAUCGCCAGCGGAAGAUGAACGAUCCGACCGCCACUGCCCCCCGAGUCAACUCCCAGAAGCCGAUUGCCAACACGCAGACGAGUGUGGACGACCAAAUAACCAGUCUUGCUAAGCAUGCCGGGAAAAUUCGCUUGGAGGGCGGUGGGGGAGGAGAGAGAAGCAAAACCCAUGGGAAGGACAAGUCCGAUCGGGCGACGAACGAGCAAGUGUUGGAUCCUCGGACUCGCAUGAUUCUGUUACAGAUGAUCAACAGAGGCAUAGUAUCAGAGGUCAACGGAUGUCUGAGCACUGGAAAGGAGGCAAAUGUGUACGGAGCCAUUUCAAUACCUACGAGCGACGGAGGCGAGGAGCAGCCAAGUAUCCACCGCGCAAUCAAAGUUUACAAGACCAGCAUCCUGGUGUUCAAGGAUCGAGAUCGUUAUGUCACCGGCGAGCAUCGUUUCAGAUCAGGCUACCAUAAAGGGAACAAUAGAGCUAUGGUCAAGGUGUGGGCAGAGAAGGAGUUCCGCAAUUUGAAGCGACUCUAUCUGGCCGGUAUCCCAUGUCCCGAGCCUGUUUACCUUCGUCUGCACGUUCUGGUCAUGGGCUUUCUCGGAGAUAAGAAAGGCUGGGCGGCACCACGACUGCGCGAUGCAGAGCUGCAAGGCGAGGACGUCGAUGAGCAAUGGCGAUUAUUGUACAUCCAGAUGAUCGGGCUCAUGCGGCGGAUGUAUCAUACGUGCAAACUCGUACACGCAGAUCUAAGCGAGUAUAACGUUUUGUACCACCAGAAGAAGCUAUUUAUCAUAGAUGUUUCUCAAAGUGUCGAGCACGACCAUCCAAGAUCUCUAGAGUUCCUGAGAAUGGACAUCAAGAACGUCUCGGAUUUCUUCCGGAGAAAGAGUGUCGAAGUUCUGUCCGAGCAAGCUGUCUUCGCAUUCAUCACCACCCAUGAUGGACCCACACAAGAAACUGCUCUGUCAGAAGCCUUGGAGAACUUACUGCUUAACAGACCUACAGAGGUAGAGGGCGAGCAAGCUGCUGCGGAGCAGGAGGUCGACAACGAGGUCUUCAGACAACAGUAUAUCCCCCAGACACUAGAGCAAGUUUACGAUAUUGAGCGUGACGCGGAGAAGAUCGGAAAAGGGCAGAAAGAUGAUCUCAUUUACCGGAACCUAUUGGCAGACAAGGUUCCCAUGUCUUCAGGUAAUGAAGCAGACGGCGAGGAUACGAUGGAGGGAAGUUCGCUUCCGAGUGAAGAGAGGAGUGAUAGUGAAGAUACCGAUGAUGAGAGUAGAUUUGAGAAGGGAACUCCUCGUGGGAAGCGCUUCGAGGACAAGGACUCUAAGAAAGAGCACAAGAAAGCAGUCAAGGAAGAGAAGCGCGAGAAGCGGAAAGAGAAAAUCCCGAAGCAUCUGAAGAAGAAGCUCGUGAGCAGUUCUGCGAAGUACAAGCACUAA